CAAUGCUCUCAAGACCUUUUUUAAUUCCCCCAAAUGCACCCAGAGGCCCCCAAAAUGCCCCAAAUCCCAAUCAAACCCCCCAGAGAGGGAUCACCCAGCACCUUGGGACAGGAACACAGUGGCCUGUACUGGGGGUACUGGGCUCUACUGGGAGGGCACUGAGGGGGCACUGGGCUGUACGGGGAGAGCCCCAAUCCCCAAAGCCCCUCCCCUGGGCAUUCAUGCCACGGUCUGGGAACCAUGGCAGGGUUGGAUCAAGGGGUGCACUUGAUGAUCUGGGAGGUCUUUUCCAAGCCGGCUGAUUCUGGGAUUCUCUGGGUGCCAUUGCCAGGGCAGCACAUCCUGGAGGCUCUGUCCACAGGGGAUAGAUGUGUCUGUGCAGACAGAGAGACAAGGUCAGUCUGCAAAGAUGUGGGGUUAGAAAAGCAGGAGAAGUUGUGGGGUGGUUCCUGAAGGAGAAAGAAGCCCCCAGGCCAGUGCAAGCAGGCCCCCCUGGGCUUGCACAUCAUCUGCCCUCCCUGCAGGUUCCUGUCCUGGAGAGCAGGCCCUGAGGUGGCCCUGAGAAGAAGUGGAAGGCAGAGGUGGUGCUGAGGCAGGAGAGCCCCGUGCUGGGGAAGAGGCUGAGCUGGGAGUGCCCAGCAGCGAGAAGGUGCUGUGUCCAUGCCCUGUGUGCCAGCAGGAUUUGUCCUUCCCAAAGCUUGGGCAGAUGGAGGAGGAGGCUGCAAGGAAGACGAAGAUGCUGCGGGUCCCCCAGGCCGGUGAGGGGGACGUCAGUGCCCCUUUGGCCCUGUUGUGUGGUGUAUCUGUUGAGCAGCCUCCCAGCAGGGAGAAGCCCUUCAGGUGCUUGGAAUGUGGGAAGAGCUUCAGGCAGAGCUCCCACCUCCUCAGCCACCAGCACAUCCACACUGGGGAACGGCCCUACACGUGUGGGGAAUGUGGGAAGAGCUUCAGUCAGAGCUCCAACCUUAUCCGACACCAGCGCAUCCACACUGGGGAACAGCCCUACACAUGUGAGGAAUGUGGGAAGAGCUUCAGAGACAGCUCCAACCUGAUCCAACACCAGCGCAUCCACACUGGGGAACGGCCCUACACGUGUGGGGAAUGUGGGAAGAGCUUCAGAGACAGCUCCAACCUCCGCACCCACCGUCGCAUCCACACUGGGGAACGGCCCUACAAGUGCUUGGAAUGUGGGAAGAGCUUUGGUGAUGGCUCCAGCCUCCACACCCACCGGCGCAUCCACACUGGGGAGAUGCCCUACACGUGUGGGGAAUGUGGGAAGAGCUUCACUGAUAGAUCUACCCUGAUCAAACACCGUCGCAUCCACACUGGGGAACGUCCCUACAGGUGCUUGGAAUGUGGGAAGAGGUUUCAGACCAGCUCACAUCUCCUCGUGCAUGAGCGGAUACACACAGAGGAGAGGCCCUUCCGCUGCACCGACUGCGGGAAGGGCUUCAACCGGAACUCCACCCUCGUCACCCACCAGCGCCUCCACACCGGGGAGAGGCCCUACAAGUGUGGGGAGUGUGGGAAGAGCUUCACCCACAGCUCUGCCUUGACCAAACACCAACGGACCCACCAGUAACGAGUGCCCCGACUGUGGGAAGAGCUUCGGCUGCUGCUCCCACCCCGAAUGACCCCCCUGAUGGUGAGGCAACCCCUGGAGUCCAGGGACUGUCAGUCCAUCCCUUUCUACCACAAAGGGCCAGUCCCCUUUGCCAGGGGCAGGUUCUGCCAACAGAACCCUUCUUGGGGGUGUGUGGAGAUUCCUGCCUUGGCUGGGACCCCCCAAGGUCACUGCUGGAGGUUGAGAGCAGAGAUCUCCCCAUGAGCAUUGGUCUGGGGGAGUUCCAUGAUUUCUAAUUCAUAAUUCUUGCUUUGGUGCCAGCUUGAGUAGAAUUGCUUCAACAAUUGCUUUAGUGUAGAGCACUGUCCUAUCUUAUGCUGUACUACUGGUAAUUUUGGUGUUUCUAUUGUGCAGUAAAUAAUUCUGAUGAA